UUUAACAGCACUGUCUCUUUCCUCGCGGCUGCCGCUGCUGAAAACCAGGUCCCCAGUACCCACCGGCCGCUGGAGGAGCCUCGCCAUGGUGUCCUGGAUCAUCUCCCGGCUGGUGGUGCUGGUUUUUGGUACCCUGUACCCUGCAUAUUCUUCUUACAAAGCUGUGAAGACGAAAAAUGUGAAGGAAUAUGUCAAGUGGAUGAUGUAUUGGAUUGUGUUUGCCUUCUUCACCACAGCCGAGACACUCACAGACAUCAUCCUCUCUUGGUUUCCCUUUUAUUUCGAACUGAAAAUCGCAUUUGUGAUCUGGCUGCUUUCUCCUUACACCAAGGGCUCCAGUGUGCUCUACAGGAAGUUUGUGCACCCAACGCUCUCCAGUAAGGAGAAGGAAAUCGAUGAGUAUAUCAGCCAGGCACGUGACAAGAGUUAUGAAACUAUGAUGCGAGUUGGCAAGCGAGGAUUAAAUUUGGCAGCUAAUGCAGCAGUUACUGCAGCUGCAAAGGGCCAAGGAGUUUUGUCUGAAAAACUGCGGAGUUUCAGCAUGCAAGACUUGACUUUGAUUCGGGAUGAUGACACUGUACAUUUGCGGAGCCCUGAGCCACACAAACGUACCUCUGCUACUGGCCUUCUUGAAACUGUUGACAAUUCAGGUACAUCCUGUUAUUCAGAGGAGAUGACUGUGUCUCAAAGACAUAAUGGGGCCCAUUCUGAUGCCAGAACAGACCCACUGGAUGACGAUACAGGGGACAAAGUUCCCAAACGGACCCAGAGCCUUAAAGCUCCUAAGAAAGUCACAAAGACUGAGCCCGCACAAAAGACUGUGAAAGCCCGUCCUAAGAAGAAAGUUGCAGGUUCCAGUGCUGCUGGCGAGUCAGCCUAAGGGCAUCCCAGCCUGCCUGUCCCAGGGCUCUUCUGACACAUUGAGGAGAACUCUCCAAGGAAAGGGAGCUGAGAUCAUGUACAUAACAGCUGCUGCUUUGUAGAGCUCAUUCCAAGGCAAGAGGGUGACUGAACUUUGGUACACGGAGUAGAGGAUGGCCAUCCUCAGGAAUUAUUUACUCUACAUCUCUGUGAUGGAGAGAAUGCUAAUCUGUCUGUACAUAGCCUGUUGCUUUGGGAUUCCCUCUCUGUGUGUAACCCUAACAGGGAAACUCUUUGCUGGAACAACUCUUAUUAGGGUUAGAGCCAUCUUGGCACAGAGGCUGAGGCGAAAAAUCAAGACUGGUGCCACUGAAAUUCUAAUUAGAGGUGGGGAGCUCCCCCAUAGUAUUUCAGCAUUUCACUGGUUGUCAUGCUGAAGCUGCUGUGGGGGAUUGUUAGAAAGUGCCUGGAACUGAAAACUGUUAUCCAAACUCAUUUGGGCAGAAGCAACAGACAGAAACAAUGGCUUGCUUGGUGCUUUGCUACAUGGGCAACUGCUUAGUUGUGGAGGGAUUGGGGAAGGUCUUGUUUUGCAGGGAGACUGCAGUUCUUUAGGGGAGGGGUGCAAUGUGGGAAUGAAAUUGGCUAGCUUCUUUACCAGUAUCUGGUGUCUGUUUAUAAGCAGCCUCUUUUGCUUGGUUGGAAGUGUUGUAACCCUGCUCAUGGUAGAUGUUGGGAAGGUAGAACUGUUUGCAUGGUUUUUUUUUCAGUAGAAUAAGGUAUGGAGGAAGGUGAAGAAGCCAAGACGACUGUGGCUGGAGCAGAAUGUAUGGGGAUGCCUUGACACAAAUCAGUAUUUUUCCAAAGAGCUGGAGUCCUGAAUAGCCAUUGUCUAGCAACCAAACAUUUUGGCCCCUACUUCAGACUUGCCUUUAUAUUUUACAGGUCAGUCUGUUUUCUGUAAGAGUUGUUUGGAGAAGGCAUGUGUAUGGAAGAAGCUCAAGGAUAGAUGGGUGGUACCUUAGGUUUCUGCUGUGUUCUUAAUUAUGCUUUAGUUGCACUGGAAACAGAAGUUUGGAGCUUGAGCAGUGCAGCCUGAUGAGUAGGCAAAAAAUAGCAACUCUUUUUGGAGCUUUUCUGGCACUAGGUGGACAAGGGAUAGAGUUACUUAGCUCUUUCAUCACUACUGGCUUCCAUCACUCCCUGCUAACACUGGUUACCUUUU